AUGUACAAGAAUCAGAUUGUCGGUGGCCAUAGUUCGACUCUGCCGAAUAUUAGAAAAGAUAAUUAUGGAAGGCCAAUUGCGGGAAGCCUUACCGAAGCUCGUGCUCAAAAAGCCAAUAUUCACAUCUACAGAGAAAUGCUACAAUUAUGCGAAAUCAUUGAUAAGAGAGGCUAUUAUCAGAGCGAAGAGACUCCAGAUUUGAAAGUGAUUCCAUUCGGAGAACUAUUCAGAAUUUACACAACAAUAAGCAAUAAAUUAGUAGGAGUGCUACUGCGAGCUCGAAAGCAUGAGCUUGUCUAUUUUGAAGGUGAAAUACUAUUCCAACGUCGAGACGACGAUGUGCCUAUUUUUAUGCUGAAAACAAUUGAUGAAAUAAAACACACUUUGAAUGGAAUUAUUGAGGAAAUACAAAGCCAUGCUUGUUCUAAUCCGCUACCAACCGAUGUUUUGCUCAAUUAA